AGGGCUUUCAUUCUGUACAACAGCUCUUGCAAACUGAGCGCGUACCCUCAACAAGAUUUGACCUGUGUUCCAGGUAUGCUCUCUCUCCAGCUAAAGACUAUUUCAGAGCUGAGACAUCUCAACAUUUUACCUGUGAGCAAAUAGCGGUUGUGAGCAGAGCGAUGGGAAAGCCGUGGAGCUGUGGAACGGUGGAGCAGAGCUCAACCUUCGCUCAAUAGGUUCUGGCAGGGAGAAGUAUGGAGAAUGAUGAACUUCCGUCAGAGGAUGGGAUGGGUCGGUGUGGGGCUUUACCUUCUGGCUAGCGUGGCCGUCGUUUAUUAUGUCUUUGAGAUCGACCAGACGUACAACCGUCUUACCCUGGAGCAUGUGGAGCCGGUGGCCCAGGAGGAACGACCUCCAGCGGGGGAUGAGUCUCCUCCGGCCGAAUCGUCUGGGCCUCCCACGUCAGACCAUCUGCCCACCUGGACCCAGAGUCUCAAGACUCGCCUCCUCCUCUUGCCCUUCUGGUUUUGGGUCACCAUCUUCCUUGUGCCCUAUCUCCAGGUGUUCCUCUUCCUUUACUCAUGCACACGUGCUGACCCCAAGAUGGUGGGCUACUGUAUCCUGCCAAUAUGCCUGGCGGUGCUCUGCGACCGCCACCAGACAUUCGCCAAGGCAUCCAAUCAGAUCAGCCGGCUGCAGCUGAUUGACACCUAAUGGGUCAAACCGGUUGAACUGGUAAAUGAUAUAAGAGGAAGCCGCCGUUGUGGAUCCGUUGCACCUGAAAUACCAAGUUGAUUAACACUCCCCUAGAGCACUGUUUGAAGUGUUAAGCUUGUCAGGCAAUUCACUUGUUAAUGGUGUAUGUGUAUGUGUGUAUUCAGACGAACAAUGGUACUUGUUUCACAAACCUUUGUAUUUGUGGUUUCUUACAUCGAAAAAAAGAUUGGACCAAAACGUACUGUGUACUGUAGGGCCUGUACUUGACUCCAAUACGUACACUAAUCAUUGAGGUUUCAUUUCCUUUUUUGUGAAAAUCAUUUUAGGCCUGAUUCCGACUCAUAGUAGUUGGUAUGAAGACUUACCUUAUGCAGGUGGGAAAAGUGCCCUACAUGGAUGUCAAUCUUGUGCGCACUGCUGACAAAAUGUAAUUAAAUUUUGAAAACCUU